AGCCCCAGUGGCCUAAUGGAUAAGGCACUGGCCUCCUAAGCCAGGGAUUGUGGGUUCGAGUCCCAUCUGGGGUGAACAUUUUUAGCUUUUAUUUUUGCUCUUUUGUUCAUUAUCGUUUUUAGCGGAUUGACAGACGCGAUUACAAAGUCGUAACAGCUGCUUUUGUUUUCCAGACAUCGAGGUGUCUGCUCACUCACGGACUUCUGUUUCCUUAUUUCCACAGCCAAUCAGGAAGCGCUCCGCUCCCGUGACUUUCGGGCUGGAAUGGACUUUCCCUCACAUAACAUCAGAUUUCCUCCCCGCUUCGACCUUUGUCGGUGGCUUGUUUUCCUAACGUCGCGACUUGCCAUUGCAUUAACAUACACAAGUUUCUAAAAAUGAGUCUGUGUGUCCUAAUGUUGCUCCAUGUUGCUGCGACCUUCGCCUCUGCUGACAAGAUGAUGGCUGCCACUGUGUACUGGGACCCUCAGCACAAGAGUGUUGAGCUGAAGGAGGGAGUGCUGGAGACAGAGGGGGAUGCGUACGGGUUCCUGAACGACACCCUGCUCAGCACGGGCUGGAGCGUCCUCGAGAUGCGUGCGGGGUACGGACAGACCCCUGAAACUGACGAGAUCACUUUCUUUUUGGCCGGAUACCUCGAAGGUUUCCUCACUGCCCAGCAGAUCAUGGACCACUACAACAACAUGUAUCCACAGCUUAUCCACGACCCCAAGAUCCUGGGCCCGGUUAAGACAUUCAUGGAGACGCAAGACUCGUGGGUCAGGGAGCAGGUGAAACUGAACAAGAGCUCCGACCCUUUGUGGAAACAUGCAGGCCUCAUCGUGGCCCAGAUGGACGGGCUGCAAGCAGGAGUGGCCGAGUGGGCCAAGAAACAAGGAAAGAAGCCGCUGUCGCUGUUUGCCGUCCAGUUCCUGAGCGCGGUGGGAGACCUGCUGGACCUGAUCCCGGCCCUGGUCCCAGACUCCAACCCCCCGCUGAGAGACUUCAAACUUCCAGGGAUGGGGCACUGCUCUGCACUAAUUAAGAUGCUGCCAGGUUAUGAGAACCUCCUGUUUGCUCACUCCAGCUGGUACACCUACGCUGCCACGAUGCGCAUCUACAAACACUGGGAUUUUCACAUCUCUGAACCCCACACAGCCACUGGGAGGCUGUCCUUCAGCAGCUAUCCCGGUUUCCUGGUGUCUCUCGAUGACUUUUACCUCCUGGGCAGCGGUCUGAUGAUGACUCAGACCACCAACAAUGUCUUCAACUCCUCCCUGUUUGAUGCAGUUACCCCAAAAAGCCUGUUUGCGUGGCAACGGGUCAGACUGGCUCACAGUUUGGCGCAUACGGGAGAGGAGUGGGCCAAAACCUUCUCCUUGUACAACUCUGGCACGUACAACAACCAGUACAUGGUGUUGGACAGGAGCAAAGUGAAGCUGGGCCACAGCAUUGAUGACGGAGCCCUGACCGUGGUGGAGCAGAUCCCCGGUUUGGUCGAGUUCUCCGACCAGACGCCGGCUCUGCGCCUAGGUUACUGGCCGUCCUACAAUAUCCCCUUCCACCGAAAAAUCUACACGCUAAGUGGGUACGGCGAAAUGUGGCGGCAGUACGGCGAGGACUUCUCUUACGACCUCUGUCCCAGGGCAAAGAUCUUCCGCCGCGAUCAGGCCGAUGUCAAAGAUCUGGACUCCCUCAAGCACAUCAUGAGGCUGAAUGACUACGAGAAGGAUCCGUACUCUAAGGGCGACCCCUGUAAGACCAUCUGUUGCCGUAACGACCUGAGAUCAGAGAAGCCUUCCCCUGGAGGUUGCUAUGACACUAAGGUGACAGACUUCAACAUGGCGGGGGGCUUUGUAGCGGAGGCAGUCAACGGGCCGACCACACAAAACGGACUCCCACCGUUCUUCUGGGAGAAAUACAGCAGCAUCCCCCACCAGGGACUGCCGCGGUACUACAACUUCACCUUCGUCAGGAUGCAGCCCCGCCUCUUCGAGCCGUGAGCCGUGUGUUUACGGGGCUGACGUGUGCACACACACACACACACACACACAUACACCGUGCACAGCCAUGAUCGUGCAGGAUCAAUGCGGUUUUUGUUCUUCUACUUUUGACGUAGGAUUGCACUCUGUUACAUGAUUAAAACAAAUCAGAGGAACGAUGCCUCAGGUGUCUCAGGUGUACUGAAUUUGUUUGUUUUGAGAUUGCAGCCUUUUGUGCCUAAGCCACUGACAGUUAUCAAUGAUCUGAAAAUGCCAAAUCAAUGCACUAAAUCCUCUAUCCUUCAGGAUUUCGUUUAAGUUUUAUUUUUGAGAGCUUGAAUGUCCAAAUAUAUACCGACACUAUCAUUAGAAUCAUAAAUGUAAGAGUGCGAUGUCAGCCUCAGGUGUUGAUCCUCUGCUGACGUGAUUUAUUUGACGUUCUAGCCUUUAUUUCUUGUACUAUGGACCAAUGAAACAUCUCAGGUUAGCAUUCUCUGUAAGUCUUUCUGUCCUGAAUGUCUGUUGUUUAUUAAAAUCCCACCUUUAUACCAUUGUUGCCCUGUUUUGAUAUUCAACAUCUGU